AAAUUGAUUUUCGAAAGUCGCGGAGUUUCGCUAGUGGCUCACUCUACUUCUACUCCUUUUCCGGUCCUUUGAGAACGUACGAACGUACCGAAUAAUUAUAUAAAAUGGCAAAGCGCACGAAGAAGGUAGGAAUCACCGGUAAAUAUGGUACCCGAUAUGGUGCCUCACUCAGGAAGAUGGUUAAGAAGAUGGAAAUUACUCAACACAGUAAAUAUACCUGCACAUUUUGUGGCAAGGAUGCAAUGAAACGCAGUGUUGUUGGAAUAUGGUCAUGCAAACGCUGCAAGAGGACGGUUGCUGGAGGGGCAUGGGUUUACUCCACAACAGCAGCUGCAUCUGUUAGGUCUGCUGUUAGGAGAUUGCGCGAAGUUAAAGAACAAUAAGUAAAUAUAAUAAACAUCUUAUAAAAAUA